AUGCUCCUCCUCACAAGGCUGGCCAAACCCGGGUGCUGCUCUCCGACGACCUCCCCGCGUGUCGCCCAUGCCGCUCUCGGGUGGAACCGGUUCUUCCACACCGGCGACGCACACAAUGUGUUCGGUGCGAUGCCUGCACCGGACCACAGGCAGUGCAGUGAGCUGCUCAGGGCGCGCACCGCGAGCGGGGAUCACUACGGGUCCGUCUGCCUCGUCCGCGGGAUGCUCGGGCGGGACCUCCGGCCCGACAGGCUCGCGCUCGCCGCGGCGAUCAAGUCGGCGUCGGCGCUCCCCGACAGCGGUGCCCUGGGGAGUUGCCUCCACGGGUUUGUUGUCAGGCUCGGGAACGCCGCGGGCGUGGCUGUGGCGAAGGCGAUCAUGGACAUGUACGGGAGGCGUGGGGCUCUGACGGACGCCCGCCUGGUGUUUGAUGAAAUGGGCUGCCCUGACGCGUGUGACAGAUUUGAUGAUGCUCUUCAUUCUUUUGCUGAUAUUUUGGACAAGGAUUCAGUAUCAUGGAAUGCAAUUCUAUCGGGCUGUGCUAACAGAAAAGAACAUAUUGAGGAGUUCGCCAAACUCUUCUGUGAAAUGUGCCGCAAGUUGCAGUGUCCCGAUACUGUUGGCAUUACAAAUAUUCUCCUCGCUUGCAUCCAUUUGAGUUCGGUACAACUUGUGAAACAAUGCCAUAGCUACAUGCUCAGAGCAUCCCUAGAAGACAUCCAUCUUGAAGGAGCUCUUCUUGAUGCAUAUUCAAAGUGCGGGAAUAUAACCAAUGCAUACAAUCUAUUUCGAGUCAGCCCUAACAAAGACCUUGUCACAUUCACUGCCAUGAUAGGAGGCUAUGCAAUGCAUGGAAUGGCAGAAGAGGCAGUGGAGCUGUUUUAUGAAAUGCUUACACUUGACAUUAAGCCAGACCAUGUAGCUCUAACUGCUCUGCUGUCAGCCUGCAGUCAUGCUGGGCUUGUUGAUGCAGGAAUCAAGGUUUUCAAGUUCGCCAGAGAUAUUUACAGAGUUGAACCGACAGCAGAGCACUACACAUGCAUGGUUGACCUUCUUGCCCGCGGUGGGCGUCUCCAAGACGCAUACAGUUUUGUGUUGGAUAUGCCCCCUCACAUGGCCAAUGCAAAUGUAUGGGGCUCUCUGCUAGGAGCAUGCAAGGUCCAUGGAGAGAUCAGAAUCGGCCAGCUCGCAGCUGAUCACUUGUUCUCCAUGGAGGCCGGGGACAUAGGGAACUAUAUCAUUGUGUCAAACAUCUAUGCAGCUGAUGAGAAAUGGGACGGUGUGGAGCAUGUCAGGAAAUUGAUGAAGUCCAAGGAUAUGAAGAAACCUGCAGGAUGCAGCCAGGCACUUGUUUAUAGCCAGUGA